UCGACGUCUUUUGUGUGCAGGUGACUUUGUGAUCCUGCUGAACGCUGGAAUGAGCGUCCCACAAGCCAUUUUCUUCAACCUGCUGUCCGCCGUGGCGUGUUACGUCGGCCUCGUGUUCGGCAUCCUGCUCGGGAGCAACUUUGCCCCCAACAUAAUCUUUGCCAUCGCAGGAGGAAUGUUCCUGUACAUUGCACUGGCGGACAUGUUCCCAGAGAUGGAAAACAUAUUACGGGAACAGGAGCGGACGUCCACCAAAGUCGUCUUCUUCAUGAUCCAGAACGCCGGGCUGCUCACCGGCUUCACCAUCAUACUGCUGAUCACCAUGUUUGCAGGAGACAUCAAGCUGGAUUAGAGGGGACAGAGACAUCAAACUGGGUUAGAGGGGACAGAGACAUCAAACUGGGUUAGAGGGGACAGAGACAUCAAGCUGGAUUAGAGGGGACGGAGACAUCAAGCUGGGUUUGAGGGGACGGAGACAUCAAGCUGGGUUCGAGGGGACGGAGACAUCAAGCUGGGUUCGAGGGGACAGAGACAGAGGAACUGGAAUGAAAAAUAAUAAUAAUAAUAAUAAAAAAGAGCUGCUUCUGUUUCUGCUCACUCGUCUGGGCGGGAAAAUGAAUGUAAAAUGAAUGUUUUGUACAAACAAAACCAAAAUGUUUAAAGGAAAAAUUAUGCUUUUAUAUCUUUUGACUAUCAAGUUAGUUCACUGCACAAAAAAGGGAAAAAUCUUCACAAUCAUUUGAUGUUUAAACUCUAGUCAAAUUGUGCUUUUAAGAGACAAUAAAUUAUUUUUUUCAGUCUUGAUAAAGUGUGAAAUGCCUCACAUUUAUUGUACUUUACUGGUGCUGUCGUGUAAACCAACAUCAGCUGUUAUUGUGACAACAGUCAAUGUUUUGGCUCUGAUGGCAGCCGCGUUUGACCUCUGAGUGCUGUGACCUCUGUGACCUUCACUGGGUCUUUUUAUUUAG